GCGAAGAUAAUAUGGAGGAAGUAGAGGUCGAGGGGGAGGAGGAGGAAGAGGAAGUGGCUGUGGUGGAGGAAGAGGAUCGAGUGAAGGAAGAACGGGCGCGGGUGUUGCGUGAUCGGCUUCGCAUUGCUGUGAUUGGCGUCGCUGAAUCACAAGCUCGACAGAGUGGACUGACUGUUUCCCAGCCGGUGAUGACGGCCAUCUGCGACAUCACCCACAAGUUCACCGAACAGCUAGGCAAGGAGCUCCAACUGUUUGCGCAUCACGCCGGUCGAAAGUCGAUCAACAUGGACGAUGUUAUCCUGGCUGCGCGCAGGAAUGAGGACGUGGCCACGGCGCUCAAGGCAGCGUCGCACGAGCUGCCCGACAAGAAGAGGAAAAAGGCUCAGGGGGAGCAACAAGACAACCAUUUUCUAGUGAUCGAUUAGUUCAUCUGGAGUGGAGGAUCAUCGUUGUUUAGGACUGGAUGACUUUGGAAAGAGAGAGCGGACACGUUUACUUGCAUUAGCCGCAACAACAAUAAUGCAAAUAGAGCGAUUGGGCCCGGCCCGGCGUCAAAU